AUGAGUUCAAUAUUAAAGAAAGGUAGUUUAACAUUUAAACCAAAAGUAAAACCAAAUAUACAAAAGAAAUCAUCACAACUGAAAACAUUACCAACACCACCAUCAACUCAACAAAGUCAAACACAAACUUCAAAUGACUCAUCUAAAUCAUUCCCUGGAUUAAAAUUGAAUUUAAAUUUAGCUUCACCUGAAUCUAGUCAGAAAAAGAGUAAAGAUGAUGAUAUAGAUCCUAAAGAUACUUCCAAAAAUAAUGAUCAUGCUAUUGAAUCAGAUUCAGGAAGUGAAAACGAUUCAGAUGACUCGGAUUUAUUUAAAUUACCAAAUAAAAGAAGAACAUCAAUUGUUCAUCAAAGAAGAUUAUCAGGUAUAAAUACUCCAGGCUAUAGAAGUCGAAGUGCUUCCGUAUCAUUAAAUCAAGAAAAUCAACCACCAGCAGCAAAGAUUAGUAUUCCAGUAAGUAAACAAAUUAAAAGAAGAAGAUCAUCUAUUCAAAUAAAUAAAGCUAAAAAAAUUCAAACAAAUGCAGUACCAAUAAUUUCUACUACCGCUCCCAUAAGUAAAAUCAUCAAUGUUAAACAACCAACUCCUGAAAAAACACCAGAACCAGAAACAAUACCGAAAAAGCCAAUAAAUUAUGUUUCUGAUAAAUUUGUAGUUGGUUUAUGUCCAAUUACAAACAAGUUAAAAAAAUAUAGAAGAAAAAAUGCUUCUAAGAAAGAAGAACAACCUGAUGGAUAUGCAAUGAUUGCAGAUAUAACUGCUGAUGAUUUACUUCCUGAAGAACCAGAUAAUUUGAUCACUACAAUAACAAGUAUUCAUCAAAUACCCAAAGAUAUUAAACCAGAUGAUAUUGAAUUAUUUGCAGAGGUAAAUUAUGAUUUAGAAGAAAUGACAAUGGCAGAUUUAUGUAAACCAACUAUAAAUUUAGGUAAAGUUUCAUCAAAUUAUCAAUUAAUAAUUGAAGCUGAACAACAAUUAAAAUUGAAAAAAGAACAAAGAAAAAGAGAUAGAAUAUAUGCAAGAGAGAAAGGAAUAUCAUUAGAACAAGCUACAAUUGAAUUAGAAAAUGAAAAAAGAAAAUUAAAUGGUGAAGAACCAGUUGAAAAUAAAGAUGAAGAAGAAAAGGAAAGAAAUACUUUAUUUGAUAAUUUAGAUCAAGAUGAACCAAAAUAUCAACAUUCAGCUUUAAAAUUAACUUUACAAAAUGGUAAAAUUGGAUAUAGUGAAGAAUCACAAAUCAUAACAAAGCCAAGAGCGGAUGCAAGUUCAAGAACAUAUGAAGAAGAAAACCCAUAUGCAAAUCCAAUCACAUCAACUACUUAUUCAAAAAGAAUUCAUUCUGAACGUUGGCAACCUGAAGAAUUGAUUAAAUUUUAUCAAGCUUUAUCUAUGUUUGGUACUGAUUUUUCAUUAAUAUCUCAAUUAUUUCCAUAUAGAACUAGAAAACAAGUUAAAUCGAAAUUUACACUAGAAGAGAAGAAAUUCCCCGAAGUUGUUGAAUUAGCAUUGAAGAGAAAAUUACCUACUGAUUUUGAAAAAUAUUGUAAAGCUGUUAAAAAAGAUUUGAAAUCAUUAGAAGCAUUUAAUGAAGAAUUGAGAACAGUUAGAAUUCAACAUGAGAAAGAUAUGGAAGAAAUUGCAAUUGCUAAAGAAAAAGCAUUUAAAGAAGAUGCUGAAGCUACAAGACAAAGAGAAAUUGAAAUUAGAACAGGUACUAAACCAAUGACUAAAGCUGAAAGAAUCAAAGAAUUAAGAAAGAAUGAACAAGUUGUUGGUUCAAUUGAUGAUAUAAAAAGAGAAAGAAAUGCUUCUGUAUCGAUAAAUCCUUAA